CUUCGUUCCUGGCCACUGACCUCGUGCCAAUCGCGCAUGCGUCUGGAGCUUUCAACUGAGUCCCGAUUGUCUCUCUGAAGUGAGGUCUUUGCUGAGCGUCCUACGCUCCUCUUCCGGCAUUAUUGCAAGUUCACGGGCCCGUCCGAUUUACCGCCAUGUCGCUUCGACCGGACGACCGCAAAGGACGCUCGCGUUCAAAAUCCCCAGGAAGACGCGAUCGGUCACAGAGCAAUGCGCGAGCACCGUCGCCUGGUCCAGGGUAUUAUGGGGGCCACUCAGCUGAGCAUGGGGGAGCUGCAGCCCCGCAGCAGUAUGAUUAUGAGCUUAGGCAGCCAGGUCAGCUAUACGAUGGCUGCUAGACCGACGGGUAGCGAGCCCAUCACCAUGGGCGGAUAUGCAGAUCUGCCACCCGAACAGCGGCCCGGCUACCACGCGGCCUCACCCAGAGGAGAUCCUCGAUCGCCCAGCGGGCCGAAUGUCUCGUACUCGCAGCAGGGACACGUCCAGUAUUCGACGGGACAAUACAACUACAGCGCAGCACCUGCGAGUGUGAGCCAGGCUGGACCUGUGCGGGCGCCGUCGCAGCAGGGCGGCUUCCAGUAUGCAUCGGCACCGCAGAAUAUAACAUUCACAGCGAAGCCGGUAGUGCCUACGAACCCUCCUCCGCCAGUAAGACACACGUCCCAAGCCGCGAGUCCACCAUACCCUGGGCAGUACGCGAUGCCGCAAGCACCCCAUCCGAGUUCCGCAGCACAGCAACAAGCGUACCCUACUGCUCCUAUGCCUCCUCCGCCCAUGGGCCGACAUUCACCGCAGCCCGGCCACCAGAGAUCGGCAUCGCACGCUGGGCCUACAACAUCAUAUGGCGGACACCAAGUGGUGGAGAUGGUUCCGGGUGGUGCCAAAGCAGGUGGGAGCAAACCCCCACCUUCACCCGGCAUGCGACCGCACAGCCUGUCGGUGAGCGGAGGAGCGUCAGGAGGGCUGAACCAGCGCAUGGACAGGCUCUCAGUGAGCGGUAACAGGCCAGAUAUACAAACUAUCGUGCCUGGAGGGUUCCCUGGAGGAGGUGGAAUGCCUCCCCCUAGUCCUUUACUAGAAGCAUACCACGGAACCUACCAGUCGAUAUCGCCUAUGCCGCAUGCUAUGAUGAUGGACGAUGAUUUGGACCAUCUGCAACCACUAGACAGCUUGUCCCCACGCGGAUCUAGUGCGUCGUUUCACGGGGGCCACCGAAGAACACAUUCAUCGUCCAAACGCUCCCCGAGCCCUGCGCGAAAAUCGAAACACAAGGAUAAAUUGGCAUUGGAGGCAUACAAAGCGUAUGGGCAUGUGGGCGACGACCGAGAUCGCAGCCGAGACCACAGUCGCGAUCGCAGAGGCGACAAGGAAAAGAGGAAGGUCAAAAUUUACGAUGCAGAAGAGGACGCGCUCGCGCUUGUGGAUGCCCUGGGCCAGCGAACCAUCGACGCCGACACCAUUAUCGACAUUCUCCCCGUCCUCUCGCACGACCAGAUGCUCGAAUUGCGGAACGAGUACAAGCGGCACUGCAAAGUGCAGGGCCGCGGCAUCAACAUUGCAAAACACAUCAAGCUCAAGACGACGGGCAACUUUGGAAAGAUUGCAUACGUGACUGCGCUGGGCAAGUACGAGAGCGAGGGUUACUGGGCAAAUUACUGGUACCAGUCUGGCAACGCGCGGCGCGAACUCCUCAUCGAGGCGCUCAUGGGGCGGCAAAACCACGAGAUCCGCGAGAUCAAGGAUGCAUUCAAGGACAAGCGUUACGGUGACAGCCUUACUAAGUGCAUGGACAAGGAGCUCAAAGCGGACAAGUUCAGGAAAGCGGUGCUGAUGGCGCUGGAGGGUGAGCGGCAGGAAGAAAGCGACGUGUGGCCGGCCGAAUACCGCAACCGCGAUGUCGAUACGUUGUACCGCGCGCUGAAGGCAAGAGAAGGCGGCGAGUCCGCGAUGCUGGGCGUGGUCGUUAUGCGGAGCGACAACCACCUGCGGGAGGUGCUACGGACGUACGAGCGCAAGUACCAGGGCAACUUUGCGCGUGAUGCGCUGAGGAAGAGCAAUAACCUCGUGGGCGAAGUCAUAGCGCACAUCCUCAACGGCGUCAUCAACCGCCCGUCCCGCGACGCCAUGCUCCUCAACCACGCGUUGACCGACCUCAUCGAGCCACCCUCCUCCUCGCACGACGGCCCGCGCGGCUCCUCGUCCAAGGUGUCGUCCACCAGCAAGCACGAGCGGCAGCAGCGCUACGAGCUGCUCAUCAGCCGGCUGGUGCGGCUGCACUGGGACCGCAUGCAUCUGCAGCGUGUGAAGAUGGAGUACGACGACAAGUAUGGACGGGUCGUGGAGGAGGAUAUUGAAGAGGCGACAAAGGGGGAUUUUAGGGAGUUUUGCAUUCAGCUGUGUCAGACGGGGCGGUAGGGGCGUGGGGAUUGUGUGAGGUCUGGGUUCUCGAGGAUCGCUGGCCUAAGGGAGCCGGGGGAAGUGUUUUAUACCCGUAAUGUUAAC